AUGCAUUUCCGGGGAUGUCCAAGCUGCUUUCUGUACAACGCUAUCCUGUGGCUCGUGCCCCUUGUAACUCCCCUUACAGUUACCCCGCAAUUAACUGACAUGUGUCAUCAGCCUGACGCGAUCACGCUCAUAUGCUACUUAAAUUGCUUUGAGGAUAUUGGGAGACUUCUGCCCUCAAGGGCAAAUCUGAGCGACAUAGAGGACCUACUUGUGUAUCAAAGCUCAGGGCUGUGCUAUCCAGUCAAAUCGAAAAAUAUCAUAACGAAAUUUACAAGUCUCAAGCGGCUUCACUUCACUGGCCCGCGCUGCCCGUUCGACUCUCUGCCAAAUCUACCUUACCUUACCGAACUAACAUUUACGCGGUCGUUAGAAUCAUCAGUGAAUGAGUUAAAUUACGCCCGGCAGAAGACUGGAGACAAUGGUUUUCCAAAACUCCAAAAGUUAGUCGUCAACGAUGUGUGCUGUGAGCUGUUCGGAGGGACUAUCAAAGCCAUGAACUUGAGGCAUCUAUCAUUCCAUUGUCGGAACACUGUCUCGCAUAUCACUGGAACCACUGGCACAAGCAACCUCUUGACGUUCAAAGCUCCCUUGCUUGAGACCCUUCAGAUCUUAGAAAACGCUAAAGGUUUUCCGCUAGCCAGCGCCUCGAAUCUGCGUCACCUUCGUAGCGUCUUCGUGAUAGCCGGUACUUGGGUUCCUGAAGGCUUCUCAGCUGUUGAACCACGCAAUUUGUCCUCAGUAACGGAGCUGGUGUUCACUCAGGUGAAUCCAGACGCAAGUCAGAAAUUCCAUGGAUGUACGGACAUUAAUGCCAAAAAUUUGCAGGCGGUUACGUUGGUCUACCCACCGCCAAAUUCCAUCUCUUGUCCCACUACGUGGCGCUGCGAGUUUUGCAAAACAGUCGUCGACGUUGCCAACCCAACGGACCUUCGCACCCCCGUUUUCAGUCAGACAGUGCAAAUUUUCACCAAAUCGCACACCACCGCGACGUUGAGCUCCUUCCUGCCCAAGGUCCAAUUGAACACAACAAAACUAAUCUUCAACCACAACCCACUGCUCAUCAUAGACUCCGAGGCCCUACAGCAUUUCGCCCACUUGAAAAGUCUUCACGUGGGCCAAAGUUGGGGCUAUUCGAAGCAAAACGGCCUUGCAACUCUACGAGGCAAUCCUUUCCAAGGUCUCCGACGUCCACAAGUGUUUCGGUUCCUCAAAGUGGCCUUGUCGAUAUGUGGAUGCACGGAGUUUGACUCGUUUGUGUGGCUCAAGUCGAAAAACGCCGAUUUCGACGGCGAGAUUCUGUGCAGUGAGCUUGAUUUUCCAGCGCAACUCGUGACGAAUAAAUGGAUCAGUGUGACGGCCUUUAUCGCAUUGCUCAACGAUCGAUGUAAUGCCAGUCUAGACGAACUGGAUUCGAACCCUUCCACAAAGUUAGCCAUGAGUAGGACUCUUGUGCAUUUAUUGGAAAUGAUGUAUGCAUUUGUAUAUCUGAGUAAACUUGGUUUAAUGCCUUUUGAUUAA